AUGCCACCAACACCUGCUAACACGAGUCACAAACGGAACCUCAGCAAUGGAACCUCUGGGGGCUCGCCCUUGAGGAGAUCUAAACGGCAAAGACCCACAGCCAAUCUCAAAGAACCUUCAUCUGAUGAGAAUUCAGAGAUAGAGCACGAACCAGCGGCAGCGAUCAAAAAGGAAGUUCAAGUAAAGUCCACAGCGCCCAGGGUCCGCGGAGUGAAGAAGGAAGAACCGGCGCCAUCGGUGAAGGAGGAGCCUGCAGAAAAUCCUGCGGCUACCGUCAACACACCUACAUCCAGAAAAAGGGCUUCAAAUAAGCCCAGCGAAGAAAAAGCUGAAACUGAAACAGUGGUGAAAAAAGAGACCAUUCUUGCAAAGAAGCCUGUGAAAAAGGCACGAAAGACCAAGGAGGAAAAAGAACUUGACGCAAUGCCGUUAGCGCCUCGAAGUCAAGGAUUGAAGAUGUUUGUUGGUGCUCAUGUUAGCGCUGCGAAGGGCGUCUUCAAUUCGAUCAGCAACAGUACGCAAAUUGGGGGAAAUGCGUUUGCUUUGUUUUUGAAGUCUCAAAGAAAGUGGGAUAAUCCUCCUCUUCAAGAUGACGUUCGGGAUCAAUUCCGCAAGAUGUGUGAAGAGCACAAAUACGACCAAGCUAAACAUGUGUUGCCACAUGGAUCCUAUCUUGUCAAUCUUGCGCAAAACGACAAAGCAAAGGCCAAACAAGCUUACGACUCCUUUCUCGAUGAUCUUCGCCGGUGUGAAGCUCUCGGCAUCAGACUCUAUAACUUUCACCCCGGAAGCACAAACCAAACACCACUGCCAGAAGCCCUCUCUCGUCUCGCAGAUGCUUUGACCAAGGCAAUUUCAGAGACAUCCACCGUGAUCCCCGUGUUGGAGACAAUGUGCGGGCAUGGUAACACCAUUGGUGGAUCUCUCUCCGAGUUCCGAGACUUGCUUGCCCUUAUCCCCGAGGAGCAUCACUCACGCAUUGGCAUCUGUAUUGACACAUGUCACAGCUUUGCUGCGGGCUACGACCUGGUCACUCCAGAAGGGUUCAAGGCCUUUCUCUCCGAGUUUGAAGAACUGAUCGGCAUCAAAUUCCUGCGUGCUCUGCACCUCAACGACUCGAAAGCCCCCCGUGGAAGCAAACGCGACCUCCAUGCUAACAUCGGCACGGGGUUUCUCGGUCUUCGUGCUUUCCACAAUGUAAUGAACGAACCGCGAUUCGAGGGGCUUCCCAUGGUCUUGGAAACGCCCAUUGAUCGUGUUCCCGGCCAGACCAGCGCUGGAGAUGACGACGAUGACGUUAAUAGUUGUGCAAGCGAGACCGAGAAGAAGGGGACGAAAAAGGGCAAGAAGGGAGCCAAGCGGCCGGCCGGUGCCUCUCAAGCGGCUGUUCCCGACCAUGGAGUCUGGGCGCGCGAAAUCAAGCUGCUUGAGUCGCUUAUUGGAAUGGAUCCAGAGGGAGAGGAGUUUCGGACAUUGGAAGCACGGCUUUCAGAAGAAGGGCGCUCGAUGCGCGAAAAGCAACUGGAGCAGUAUGAACGGAAAGUUGAGACCGAGAGGAAGAAAGAUGCAAAGGCGAAGGAGAAAGGCCAGAAAAGUCUGCUGCAAAUGAUGAAGAAGAAUGGCCAAAAAUAG